AUGCAGGGCGGAGGCGUCUCCGGAUUCCAUAACGCGCCGGUGACGCGGGCGAUCGUCCUCGCCAGCGGCCUCCUCUCUGUCGUCUUCAGUGUGAACCGCCGAGCCCGCGCCCUCGGCCUCUCCUACCAGGACAUCAUAAAGAACUUUCGAGUUUGGAGGAUAUUUGCAUCUGUAUUUGCCUUUCAGUCAACACCAGAGUUGAUGUUUGGACUCUACCUUCUGUAUUAUUUCCGUGUGUUUGAGAGGCAGAUGGGCUCUAACAAAUACUCUGUUUUUAGUUUAUUCUCUAUCGCAGUAUCAUUACCUCUUGAGAUUCUAUCUUUGGUUCUCCUGAAAGAUACAAACUACAUCACUGCUCUUGCAUCUGGACCUUAUGGCCUUAUAUUUGCCUCGUUUAUUCCUUUUUUCCUCGACAUUCCCAUCACUUCACGAUUUCGUAUUUUUGGCGUUAAUUUCAGUGAUAAAUCAUUCAUAUACCUAGCUGGCCUGCAGCUUCUUGUAUCUUCUUGGAAGCGUUCCCUUAUUCCUGGUAUUUGUGGCCUGAUUGCCGGUUCGCUCUAUCGUCUCAAUGUGUUUGGCAUCCGCCGGAGGAAGCUUCCACAGAUUGUUGCAUCAUUUUUCGCAAGAGUUUUUGUACCUCCUUCAGCAAGCUCAUCUCGGCCGUCAAGAAGUCUUGUUGGAAAUGUGCCUUCGCAUACAGGCCGUACUGUUCAGAACCAGCCGUCUACUGGGUUUGCUCCUGUUGUGGAGCCCCCAGAGUCCUCCAUUGCUAUGCUGGUAUCGAUGGGCUUUGACAGCAAUGCUGCGAGACAGGCCCUCGUGCGAGCCAGAAAUGAUAUCAAUGUAGCCACAAACAUCCUGCUUGAAGCGCAGUCUCAUUGA